AUGACAAAUAUUGACGUUUCUUUUUUAUCAUUUUCUUCAUAUUUAUCCUUUUCCUUUUCUUUUUUCAUUGCAUCUUCUCUUUUUCUCUUUUUGUUCUUCUCUUUUUCUCUUUUUGUUCUUCUCUUUUUCUCUUUUUGUUCUUCUCUUUUCUCUUUCUUUCUUUCUUCUCUUUUCUCUCUUUCUUUCUUCUCGUUUCUCUUUCUUUCUUUCUUCUCGUUUCUCUUUCUUUCCAUCUUCUCUUUUCUCUUUCUUUCUUUCCAUCUUCUCUUUUCUCUUUCUUUCUUUCCAUCUUCUCUUUUCUCUUUCUUUCUUUCCAUCUUCUCUUUUCUCUUUCUUUCUUUCCAUCUUCUCUUUUCUCUUUCUUUCUUUCUUCUCUUUUCUCUUUCUUUCUUUCUUCUCUUUUCUCUUUCUUUCUUUCUUCUCUUUUUCUUUCUUUCUUUCUCUUCUCUCUUUCUUUCUUUCUUCUCUUUCUCUUUCUUUUUUCUUUCUUUCUUUUCUCUUCUUUCUUUUUUCUCUUUCUUCUUUUUUCUUUCUUUCUUCUUUCUUUUUUCUUUUCUUUUUCUUUCUUUCUUCUCUUUUUCUUUCUUUCUUUCUUUUCUUUUUUCUUUUUCUUUCUUUCUUCUCUUUUCUUUCUUUUCUUUUCUUUUCUUUUUUCUUUUCUUUCUUUCUUUCUUUUCUUCUUUUUCUCUUUUCUUUCUUUCUUUCUUUCUUUCUUUCUUUUCUUUUCUUUCUUUCUUCUUUUCUUUCUUUUCUUCUCUUUUCUUUCUUUCUUCUCUUUUCUUUCUUUCUUCUCUUUUCUUUCUUUCUUCUCUUUUCUUUCUUUCUUCUCUUUUCUUUCUUUCUUCUCUUUUCUUUCUUUCUUCUCUUUUCUUUCUUUCUUCUCUUUUCUUUCUUUCUUUCUUCUUUUUUCUUUCUUUCUUCUUUUUUCUUUCUUUCUUCUUUUUUCUUUCUUUCUUUUUUCUUUCUUUCUUUCUUUUUUCUCUCUUUCUUUCUUUUUUCUCUCUUUCUUUCUUUUUUCUCUCUUUCUUUCUUUUUUCUCUCUUUCUUUCUUUUUUCUCUCUUUCUUUCUUUUUUCUCUCUUUUCUCUUUCUUUCUUUUUCUUUCUUUCUUUCUCUUCUUUUUUCUUUUCUUUUUUCUUCUCUUUCUUUCUCUUGCUUCUCUUUCUUUCUCUUUCUUCUUUCUCUUUCUUCUCUUUCUUUCUCUUUCUUCUUUCUCUUUCUUCUCUUUCUUUCUCUUUCUUUUUUCUCUUUCUUCUCUUUCUUUCUUCUUCUCUUUCUUUUUCUUCUUCUUUCUCUUUCUUCUCUUUCUUUUCUUUUCUUUUCUUUCUUUCUUCUCUUUUCUUUUUUCUUCUCUUUCUUUCUUUCUCUUUUUUUUUCUUCUCUUUCUUUUUUUCUUUUCUUUUUUCUUCUCUUUCUUUCUUUCUUCUUUUCUUUCUCUUUUUCUCUUUCUUUUUUUUUCUUUCUUUCUUUUCUUCUCUUUCUUCUUCUCUUUUCUUUUUCUUUUUUUCUUUCUUUCUUUUCUCUUUCUUUCUUUUCUUUCUUUUUCUUUCUCUUUCUUUCUUCUCUUUCUCUUCUUUUCGUUUUCUUUCUUCUCUUUUCUCUUUCUUCUCUUUUCUCUUUCUUCUCUUUUCUCUUUCUUCUCUUUUCUCUUUCUUCUCUUUUCUCUUUCUUCUCUUUCUUUUUUCUCUUUAUCUUUCUCUCUUUUUCUUUUCUCUUUUCUCCUUCCUUUUCUCUUUUUCUUUUUCUCUUUCUUCUCUUCUCUUUUUCUCUUUUUUUUCUCUCUUCUUUUCUUCUCUCUUCUUUCUCUCUCUUCUCUUUUUCUUUCUUCUCUUUUUCUUUCUUCUUUCUUCUCUUUUUCUUUCUCUCUUCUUUCUCUUUAUCUCUCUUCUUCUUUCCCUUUAUCUCCCUCUCUUUUUCUCUCUCACUUCUUCUCUCUCUUUUUCUCCCUUACUUCCUUCCUCCUUUUCUUUUUUACUUUUCUUUAUUUCUUUUCUUCUUUUUACUCUUUUUUUUUCCCGAUUUAUAG